AUAGAUAUCAGAAUGUAACAAUGUAAUAUAAAUGUACUGCAUUAUGCUACAGAUGCAGUUUCCAGGCUCUGACUAAUGAGAUCUCUGAUCAUCCAAUUGAAGGGCAUAAAAAUGAUGAUGUUAUUGUAUGCCUGCUAGACGGCCCCGAUAUCACAAACUCGCAAUCUGACAACAUUUACUCUGAAAUACAGGCACCUGCACUCAUGACUAUGAAGGCCUCAUGGCAGAUUUCGUUGACCCCUGCAACACGUGAUAUGACGGCUGAAAUCUGAUUGGUUAGACGUAAAAAUACACUCCUGCAACACACCCACUAUAAAAUGGAGAGAAUAGAGGAUCUGGGAUAAUUUAGGACAUAUUUAUUGACAAAUAAUAUUAAAACGUAAGUCAUUGCAAUUUUUUCCCGUAGAAAAGCACUGAGAGAAAGUGAGCAGCACAGCGCCUUGACGUGCACGCGCAUAUCACGGCGCGCUCAGAGGCCCCACCCACGCGCCAGGGGGAACACUGCGUGCUGCGUGCGCGUCCCCGCGGGAGCCUGGCUCAGCGCGGCUCGGCUUUAACCCCUCCCUACUUGUCUCGAUGAAAGUUUGUGUUACAAAGAUGGCGGAUUUCCUGCCGUCCCGGUCCUUUCUAUCCGUCUGUUUCCCCAAAUGUCUGCUCAACACCACUGAGGCCGAGCAGCUGAGGAUAUCCAAAGAGAUCGACCGAUGUAUUUCGCGCGACAAAACCUACGUGAAGCGGCUGGUGAAGAUUCUUUUGCUCGGCGCCGGCGAGAGCGGCAAGUCCACUUUCCUCAAGCAGAUGCGCAUCAUCCACGGCCAGGACUUCGACCAGCUGGCCCGCGAGGAGUUCCGACCGACCAUCUACAGUAACGUUAUCAAAGGUAUUCGUGUUUUGGUGGACGCCCGGGAAAAGCUGCACAUCCCAUGGGGCGACGCCUCAAACCAGACACACGGUGAAGCAAUGAUGAACUUCGACACUCGCUCGACUCAGGGCAUUGUCGAAUCCAAAGUGUUCCUGCAGUACCUGCCAGCCGUGCGUUCGCUCUGGGCCGACAGUGGCAUCCAGCAUGCUUACGACCGCCGCCGCGAGUUCCAGUUGGGGGAAUCGGUGAAAUAUUUCCUGGAUAAUUUGGAAAAGCUUGGAAUGCCGGACUAUCUGCCGAGUCAGCAGGAUAUCCUACUGGCGCGCAGACCCACCAAAGGCAUCCACGAGUAUGACUUUGAGAUCAAGAACGUCCCGUUCAAGAUGGUGGACGUAGGAGGCCAGCGCUCAGAGCGGCGCCGCUGGUUUGAGUGCUUUGACAGCGUCACCUCCAUCCUGUUCCUGGUUUCAUCCAGCGAGUUCGACCAGGUGCUCAUGGAGGACCGCCAGACCAACCGGCUCACAGAGUCGCUCAACAUCUUCGGCACCAUCGUCAACAACCGCGUGUUCAGCAACGUCUCCAUCAUCCUGUUCCUGAACAAGACUGACCUGCUGGAGGAGAAAGUCAAGACCGUGGCCAUCAAGGACUUCUUUCCCGAGUACGAGGGUGACCCACACAGCUUGGAGGACGUGCAGAAGUUCCUCGUGACGUGCUUCCGCAACCAGCGCCGCGAGCAGCAGAACAAGCCGCUCUACCACCACUUCACCACAGCCAUCAACACUGAAAACAUUCGCCUCGUCUUCCGGGACGUCAAGGACACCAUCUUACACGACAAUCUCAAACAGCUCAUGCUGCAGUGAUCCGAACUUGUCCCUCAGCUUCCAAACGCUCGCGUCCAGGACCACUAAACCUGACUUCGGGGAGGGGGGGGGUCACAGAGCAAGUCUUAAUUCAUGUUCGAGUGUGUGUGUGUGUGUGUGUGUGUGUGUGUGAGAGAGAGAGAGCAUUCACACAGGUUAAACCUCAAGCCUGUGCCUCUAACUGCCUUCAACUGAACAGCAGCUCUGUAUGUGUGUGUACGCACCUUUUCUAACUUUUAUUAUAAGCAGUAUGUCUGAAAUAUGACUCUUAAGCAGGUCCUGAUUUUGAGUAAGCACAGCCGGAGUGCAAGUCUACGCCACUUAGCAUCACAGCCUGCUUUUUUUCCCCUCAGUAUUCAGUAUAAUCCUUUUUUUUUUUUUUUUUUUUGCUAAGCUAACCUUAUGCUAUGCAUCUCUGUAGCACUGAGCUAAUAUUAGCGGCGUCUGUGAAGUAGCAUCCAGGUUUGCUAGGGGUUAUGUAAUGCUUUUUGAUUGGCAGAUGGAGAUGAACCCAGGGAUGCCUGACGCUUGUCAAAAAAAUCAGGGUGUGGGUGUGCGCGUGUAGGUGGGUGGUUGGUCAUACACUGCCUGAUUUUCACCCACCAUGAGAAGCUUUUUGAGCUUCAUUCUUAACGCAAGUCUCCGGAGUGUAAGUGUAAGUGUGUGUGUGUGUGUGUGUGUGUCUGUCAGUGCUCUGAUCUCUUAUUUUUACCUGGUGUGUGCGAAGCCUCAAGGAAAAUGGCCUCACUGUCGUGUGAGUGUGUGAGAGACGUGCCCUUAUAUGCCUUCAGCCACUCGAGCAAGUGCCGCUUGUCUGUAGAGUGUCUGGCUGUCAUAUAAUGCUGUUACAAAUCAGAGCAGCAUAUUGUGUGUAUGUAAGAGACUGGUAAAGUGUGUGUGUGGAGGGAGGGGGGUGGUUGUAGAACCUUCUCCGUUUCCCAGCUUUGCCUUACUAAACCCAUUCGAUUGUACUAACGUUAAAAUAGGAAGCCGUGUUUCUGAGCCUCUGCCUUUUUUUAUUCUGUCGUUAAUACUCAGUGAUGCGGGUUUUUUUUUCUUUUCUUUUUUUCUUUUUAAUUCUGUUGUUUUAUAAGUGGAUAUCGUGUGUUCAAUUUAGCUGUAAGUUUUAUUUCAAAGGUUUACACUCGUCACCUCUGCCGACGGAUUCCACGUCAUCAGAAUGUGCUGUUAUUACUGUUAUCAUCACGCCGGUUUUAAAACUAUACUUAUAGAAGAAACGAUCCACAACGUUUAAUUUUUUAAAAAUUUCGUUUAAAUCUUUGAUUUACGAACAACCUCCACCACGUUGAACUUUGAGUUCUUUUUAGUUUGCUUUAACCUUAACUUAGCUGACCUGUUCUAAUAACACAAAAUAAUAUCUAGCCUGUAGGUAAAACCCGUAACAAUACUGAUGCACAUACUAAAUAUGAUCGUAACUGAUUUGCGGUGUGUGAGUGAGAGGGAGAGAGAGAGAGAGAGAGAGAGAGAGAGAGAUACGGUUAACCGUGAUCAGAGAGAGAAGCUCGGGAUCUCACCAAAUGUGUGUUUAGACCACUCAAACUGUAGAAGGUGACGCUGUGUGCGAGAAAAACUCAGGGCUGAAUAAUGUUAACCACUUGUGUGCAUGGGGACCGAAUGAGUGUGUGUGUGUGUGAGAGAGAAACCUUCAAUAAUCUGAGUGGAUGUAAAGCUUAUUAUUAUUUUUAUUUUUUUGACACUAUGGCUGGGCGCUAGGAUAAAAUGUACAUCUGGUAGACAGUGAUAUCUAAUCCUCUCAUUGUGUUCAUGCUGGAGAUGUCCAGUGUUAUGAGCAGUACUGCUGAUAUCCAACGUGUCUCGUAAUGAUCAGGUCGAUAUAAAUUGCCCAGCUCUUCGGCUCACGUGUGAUUUCCAGUAUGGUUUUUUUUUUUUUUUUUUUUUUUAAAUGAAAUUAAUGUAAUAUUUUUUAACAAUCAAACUCUUGAUUCCUGAAGUGCCAUGAUCAAAAAAGGUACCACCUAUUAAUGUUAUUGUUUUUCAAGAAAUGCCAAAAGAGUCCCGGGCGAUCAAGACGUUCCCUUUUGAAACUCUGCUUAGCUUAGGCACGUGCCAGUAUUACACUUCAUAUCAUCAUCAUUCAUCCUGCUCACAAUAACCGCCUCAUCCUGAUGUCAAGACCCUGUCGAACCUCCUGCUGAACGCUUUUUAAGCAAAACCAGUUACCGCAUGCGAUCGAAUCACUGGUUCAGAUUUCCUUUUGUCCGGGACGCUUCUCUACAUCACCUGAUAUCUGAUCUCUCAUUAAUGUGUUUGCUCGGUUGUUCAUUAAUUACUGUUCUUCUUUUGAAGUUCUCAUUUAAAAAUUACUUGAUUGCUUUUGUUCAUCUCCGCACCGCGCGCGCACACACACAACAGCGUAAAGAUUUAAGAGACGAGUGCAUCAUCACGUCUCGGCUCAGACUUAUGGCAGUGUUAUAUUCCCAUAAAAGCAUGAUUGCAGAGUAUUUGGUAAUGAGGAAUGAAUGAAAGCAGCCUUUCACUGCUUGCGUACACAUGCGCCCUCCUCCCAAACGCAGGGGGGGAAAAUACAGGAAUCAAAUUACAGAUUGCGAGGGCAUAUCAAAGCUACAUUUGUCCCCUAGUGCCAUCUGAAUUCCAGUUUGCAUUAGGAUGGAUGAGGUCAUGAUCGAUUUAUCUCUGGUGAUCAUCCCAGGUGGCACAGAAGCUUCUGCAAGUCAUGUUUUUCAACCCUCUCCUUGGCCCGUCCAGUGAAAGAGAAAGAGAGAAAAACGAUCAGUUCUUUCGACUGUAGACAAAUGUUUUGAAGUGUUCGAACUUUUGACUGAACAAACCCACUCAAUUUGAGCUUUAGAAGUGUCAUGUAAGAUGCAGAAUACAGGAGAUGAAGCAGCAAUGCUGCAUUCUUGCUCAGAGUUAAAGUAGGACAAGCUUAUUGUUUCUAGUGAAACAUCUCUCGAGGUGCGAGAUCAGACCAUAGUCAGUGACACUGGCAAACCAAUUAACUAUACGAGCGACCUUGUGGCACACGUCGCAAUAACCUCCUCAUUCGUCGUCGCGGUGAACAUCCUGACAUGUAAGACGCAGACGAGUCUUCCACGCCACCGCAAUAACGCAAAGGAACGCUUCUCCCAGUCUAAAGCGCAAAACAUUGCUUUUGUUUGUUUUUUUAAAGCGAGCACGUGCCAAUCUUUUCCAUAGUGUGUGCAUCGUCAGGUUUUGUUUGGUGUAAAGACUGUUUGAGAACUCCAAAUAAAGCCUUUAGUAUGAGUUUUUAUUAUUAGUUCCUUAAAAGCAAACAAAAAACAGAUGUCCUUACAGGUAAAUGUCUAGCACAGAGCCUCGGGUUAAACUCGCGCAGUUUUGUUUUUGUUUGUUUUUCGUAAGGAAAGUGAGUUUGCUGCUAAACUGAAGAUGCCUCCGAUGUGUUCGUUAUCUGCGAAGCGCCUUCUUUGGUUUCAUCACCGAUGACGUCCCCGUCCAAAUUAGUUCCGUGCAUACACAAACCUAGUGGCGAUGUGUGUGUUAUACCGAGUGUCAUGACACUGGGUCUGGAGGCUAAUGCUGUAUCCAACGCACACACCCUACUGUAAACUUCUGUGCCUGAGUGUGUGUGUGUGUGUGUGUGUGUGUGUUUAGGUGUUUAACUGUUUUCACUGAGGUCUUAACAUCACGGUUAUUAUGCAAACGUGCUGCAGUGUGCAAAGAUCUUCCCAACAAAAGGGGCUUUUGUUUUUGUAGAGGGGUGAAAAAAAAGAAGAAAGGACUAAUCCCAGAAGAAUCCCGGAUGUUUAUGUAGAAUUCUGCAACCUGCACAAAAGACUAAAUCUAAUUUAGUGCCUUUUUUUUUGUAAUUUUGUAUGUAGAUGUUUUAAACGUUAUAAUUUUCGACUCUUGUUUCUGUAAUCCUACUAAACACGUUCUGACCUACAGAGCGGUGAACCUGCGCUCCAUGUACAGUUUAAUAAUAUCUGCUUCCUCACUCUUUUUCAGUAUGUCAAUAAACUACAUCCCAACAUGA